UGGCAACUAAAAACACCAAUGAAGUUGCACCAUCAGCAGAGUUCAGACGCUUGUCUCCUAUUAAAGAAGAGGCUUCAGAACCUGCACAGGAAGACUGUCCUGUUAGCCCUUUUGGAUCAAGGCAAAGUCUCCCACCAAACCCAGAGGAAAGGCCUAUUCGACCAGGACUGAAAGAAGAGCAAAAAACAUUUGAAGAUUUUGUUGAAGAACAUCUCAAAACAGACUAUAAACAAGCUAUUCUCCAACAUGAGAUUCAGACUAAUACACAAAUCAGAGGAGCAGAGAAGAGAAAUUUCCUUCGUAAAGGAGAAGGAAUGUCUAGAAUUUCAAAGGUUAAGGACUGCUCACAAAGACUCCAGAGGAGACGCUCUGUUAGUCCACAAAUGGUGAACAUGAAGCUCAGUCAGCAGACAGUACAUCCCGCUGAAUUUCAUCAGAAAGAGAUGCCAAAUAGGACCAGUCCUGGACUGAAGAGCGUGAGAAACCUCACUGAACAGAGAUCUGGCAUGGAAGACUCUUUAAAGAAGACCGUUGCUUUACAAGAUGAUGAUUUAUCAUCAAACGACAAAGGGAAAGUCAAAGCUUUAACUACUAACAACAGUACAGCCUCACUUAAAACUAAGCACAGUGUAGGAGUCAUGAGGAAUUAUGGUAAAACCAAUUGUGGCAAGUCAAGUGGAUCCGCUCUGGCACAAAGCAAAGAAAGUGUUGGCUUUAAAAAAGUUAAUGACCACAUAGUCAAAAUCUCUGAGAAAAAUUGUACAAACUACAGCCAGAAAGGGGAAAUGCUUAAAUAUGUCAGUCUAGCUGACGAAGUGAUGGAGUCACUGGCUUUUAACGAUUCUCCAGGCACCACUAGUAGUGAGGACGGACCCAGCUCUCAGUCUCACCAGCCGUCACCUCAUUAUCUCUCAAGGCACACAGAUCACAAAGAUCAGAGUCUGGAUUUGUCAGAUGGCGAUUACGCUAGUGACGCUCCGAGUGAGACUCGCUUCAAUGAAGAACAUCAGACUUCUACUCCUACGUCCAGUUCUUCAAGCUUCAGCAGUGAUUCUGAACUCAAAAGCUUACAGAGGUCUAUGGCUAACUGCAAAAAAACACAUGUAAGGAGGACCGACAGUGACUUUAGACAGCCUUCUUCUCACCUCUCAAAGAUGUUCCCAAAAGUCAAAGUUACUCUAGAAGACACCACUCAUAGCAUGGGACAAGAGCAACCACAUACUCCAAUCAGGGAAGAGAUGGGAGUGCAUGGUUUUAAUGGUGAAGAUGUCUGCAGACCUUUGCUCAGGAUUAAGAAAGAACUUCAUGAACCUCAGGAUCUGAGACAGCAGAUCUCAUCUCUGAAGCAGCAGUUGAUGGAAAGGGAGUCUCACUGGUCAAAGGCCCACAGUCUCCUCCAGAGCCAUGUUAAAGCCCUCACCCGCGAAAACCAGGAGCUUCACAGCAGGCUCAAUGUGAACAAGAGAUCACACCAGAGUGCUGGUUCCUCUGCUCUUAAGCCUGGAUCAUACAACACAAAGAGAAGAGAGGAACCACAGCAGACCCCUCAUGUAAGAAGCGCAACUCCGGCCUUUAACAAACCCUCCAUGCAUAGGACACAACAGGACAAUGCAAAUGGACGCUCUGUUAGCAAAGCUAACAGGCUAACAGAAUGCACAGCCAACUCUUUAAGAAAAGAUCCUGCACUUUCCAUUGACAGUCAACUGAACAAUGCCAUGAUUACACAAGGCGGAAAGGGAAGUUUGUUUUAUCAUCAUACUGACCACAGUGAUACACAAAUGGGAUCAGACACAGUACGAGAGGAAACCUGCUAUCCGGAUGGAAGGGUAGAGCGUCUUUUUUGGAACGGAUGUCGUGUCAUCACAUUCCGCAAUGGAACAAAGAAAGAGAUCGGGGUUGAUAAGUCAGUCACUGUCACGUUCUUCAAUGGAGAUGUUAAACGCACGCUGGCUGACGGGACUGUGAUAUACUACUAUUGUGAUGCUCAGACAACACACUCAACUUAUCCAUCUGGGUUGGAGGUGGUACAGUUUCCAAACAACCAAAGAGAAAAACACCAUCCUGAUGGUACAAGGGAAAUAUCCUUCCCCGAUGGGACGAUUAAGAUUCUCUACGCCGAUGGUCGAGAGGAGAGCAUUUUUCCAGAUGGAACUGUUGUCAAGAUAUCACAACAUGGAGAAAAGGUGGUGGAGUUUACUAAUGGGCAGAGAGAGAUCCAUACCUCACAGUACAAGCGAAGGAUGUACCCGGACGGAACGGUUAAGACUGUCUACACAAAUGGGAGGCAAGAAACAAAGUUCUCAUCUGGGAGGGUUCGCAUUAAGAACAAUGAAGGCAUCAUUAUAAUGGACAAAAAAUGAACUUAAAAAAAAUGUAUUUAUUUGUUGCUUUUUAUAUUGAUAAAGAAUUUAGUAACUAUUGUUAUGCAUCUUUUACUGACACAAUGAAGAAGAAAAAAAUACUUUUUGGAGUUUCAGGUGUUGUUUUGUACUUGAUUUAUGGUAAGUACUAUAGUGUACUAUAGACACAGAUCUACAGAAGCCAUCAAAAA